AUGCACCGUGCACCCAGCAACGUGAUUCCAGCAUCUAAACACUGCAGGACCAACAACACAUCAUAUUCGGGAGGACUAUACCCGCGGCCGUCCUCCCCGCCAUGCACGCUGUAUGCGCCAACCGCCGAAUUCCGUCCUUCGGCCGCGCGUGACGCGACAACUCCGAAUCCGCAGAGCGAACGCGAGCGCACGGUGCGCACAGUCCAUGCAGUCGAGCCCGUCGGCAGCGGGAAUCGCAUGGUCGCUUUCCGGGCACCGCAGAAUCCCCCACACACGAGUUCCAAGACGUUCCAUUCCGUUCAUUAG